AUGCCAAUAGCCCGCCGCCUCUACCGCACCUUUUCCUCUGCCAAUAUUUCCACCCAUUUCUCGCGCUAUACGACAUCACAUGUGUCUAUUACCUCUUCCAUACAUUCACUAAUUUUUCAACCACCUCUUUUCUCCAAAACCAUGUCCUACCCAUUAGUCUGCCUCGGAAACCCAUUGUUGGAUUUGCAAUUCGACACCAACGCCGAAUACUUGGCCAAGUACGCCUUGAAGGCUGACGACGCCAUCUUGGCCGAGGAAAAGCACUUGCCUAUCUUCGAGGAGGCUAUCCAAGAAAAGAGUCUCGUUGUUGUCGCUGGUGGUGCUGCCCAAAACACCGCCAGAGGUGCUCAAUACAUCUUGCCUGCUGACAGCGUCGUGUACUUCGGUUCUGUCGGUAAGGACGUGUACGCUGACAAGUUGAUUGCCGCCAACGCUCAAUACGGCUUGAAGACCCAAUACAUGGUUCAAGAGAACACUGCCACCGGUAAGUGUGCCGCUCUCAUCACCGGUAAGCACAGAUCGUUGGUCACCGACUUGGCUGCUGCCAACGAGUUCAAGGCUUCGCACUUGGAAAAGCCCGAGAACUGGGCCUUCGUUGAGAACGCCAAGUUCUUCUACAUUGGUGGUUUCCACUUGACUGUGUCCCCUGAGGCCAUCCAGCUCUUGGGUAAGCACGCUGCUGAGAACAACAAGGUUUUUGCCUUGAACUUCUCUGCUCCAUUCAUUCCUCAAUUCUUCAAGGACCCAUUGGAUGCCUCUGUGCCAUACUGUGACUACAUCGUCGCCAACGAGUCCGAGGCUGCUGCCUACGCCGAGUCCCACGGCUUGAACACCACUGAUGUUGUUGAGAUUGCCAAGCACGUUGCCAAGUUGCCAAAGGUUAACACCCAAAGACCAAGAACCGUUGUGUUCACCCAGGGUACCUUGCCAACCGUCACCGUCACCUACCACGCCGAGAAGGACUCCUUUGACGUCAGCGAGUACGCCGUCAAGGAGUUGGCUCAAGAGAAGGUCGUCGACACCAACGGUGCUGGUGAUGCUUUCGCCGCUGGUUUCAUGGCCGGUUUGGUCGAGGGUAAGGAUCUCGCCCAGUCUGUCGACCUUGGUCAAUGGGCUGCUUCUGUCUCCAUCCAGCUGGUUGGUCCAUCCUACCCAUUCCCAAAGCAAACCUACACCGCUUAA